UAGAGGCCCAGUGACCCACAUUCUGAGCUGCCAGUAUCUGUGUGAGCGAGUGGGCGUGCGCGUGCGCGGCUCCUCCUCUGUGUGUGUGUGUGUGUGUUUGCGCGCGCGUUCCCAUUGACUAUAUAUGUAUGCGUGUGCGUUCGCGCAUACAUCUGCCGCGAAAAACGUUUGUGCCGUCGCUGGUUUCGGCUGUUCCUCGCCGGCCGCAGCUUUGUAGGGUUUUUUUUUUUUUUUUGUCGGCUAGUCCGAAGACGCUGCCUCGUGCGGUUGUUUAGACGCGCUCCCUCGCGCUGCUUGGUGGCACAGCGCUGAUAUUUUGAAGAUUAUUCCGUCUUCAAUGUCAGUUGUUGCGUGACAGCUCCAGGCGCGGCGUCAGCCUGCACUGAUAGAGACUGAGUUUUUUUUUUUUUUUUUUUUCAAAUGAAUUUAUUUCUGGUUGUUUAUGUGAUCCAUGUGAAUCGCUCUGCCCGUCAUAACCAUUUGCGAGUGUAGCGGGGAGGAAACGGGGACAGUAAGAGCAUUAAAUCUCUUGAGUUAAAUGGGCAGUUUUCGGUAGCCAGCUUAGUUAGCCUGCUAGCUAGCUAAAUGGGUUGUUCUCUUACGGUUGUAUAACAACAACAACAACACCUGUGGCAUUAAAAGGUCAGGUGUGGUGUGAAGUUUCGUCACAGCUUGUGAAGAAGACUAAAUAGGCCAGUUUUGUCUAGGAGGGACAUUCCAGCCAGGGCAGGUUUUGGUCGACCAAAGGCGUUCUUCCUCGUGGUUCGCUGUCCUGACCUCAGAGUCAGCGACGGCACCGACCCCUUUCUGUGACAUGUGAGAAAAGACGUUCGGCGUGUGCAGAAGCUGCUGCAAGGUGCUUUUCCAAAUGCCGACCUCACGGCUAAAGAACAAGUCACUGCAGCCACAGCCCUGAUCAGCAGCCACCAUGACAUCCAGCAUGGGGGAUGAUUGCAGCCUCACCGAUGGGUUGAUGGAAGAAGAUGAAAAGGACAAGGCCAAACGCGUGUCCCGCAACAAGUCGGAGAAGAAGAGGAGGGACCAGUUCAAUGUCCUCAUCAAGGAGCUUGGCACCAUGUUGCCGGGCAACACCAGAAAGAUGGACAAGUCCACCAUCCUGCAGAAAAGCAUCGACUUCCUGUGUAAACACAAAGAGAUCGCAGCCCAGUCGGAGUCGAGCGAGAUCAGACAGGACUGGAAACCCCCCUUUCUGAGCAACGAAGAAUUCACACAGCUCAUGCUGGAGGCUUUGGAUGGAUUCUUUAUAGCAAUAAUGACCGAUGGAAACAUCCUGUACGUCUCUGAGAGCGUCACCUCUUUGCUAGAACACCUACCAGCGGACUUGGUGGACCAGAACUUGUUAAACUUUUUGCCCAUUGGGGAACACUCCGAAGUGUACAAGGCUCUGUCUACACACCCAGCUGACCUGGAGAACCUCAAUAGUGACUACAUGAAGACUAAGAAUCAUCUGGAGUUCUGCUGCCACAUGCUGCGAGGGGCAAUUGACCCCAAAGAGCCCCCUGUCUAUGAAUAUGUUAAGUUCAUCGGCAACUUCAAGUCGCUCAAUAACGUUCCAAACAUCACCAGGAACGGUCUGGCAGGAGUGUUACAGCGGUCCCUGCAGCCUGCCUUCGACGACCAGGUGUGCUUCGUAGCCACCGUCCGCUUGGCCAAACCUCAGUUCAUUAAGGAAAUGUGCACAGUCGAGGAGCCAAAUGAAGAAUUUACCUCCAGGCACAGUCUCGAAUGGAAAUUCCUCUUCUUAGACCACAGAGCGCCACCAAUAAUAGGCUACCUGCCUUUUGAGGUUCUGGGAACAUCGGGGUAUGAUUAUUACCACGUGGACGACUUGGAGACGCUGGCUAAAUGUCACGAACACCUGAUGCAGUAUGGAAAAGGGAAGUCGUGCUAUUAUCGUUUCCUGACUAAAGGUCAACAGUGGAUCUGGCUGCAGACGCACUACUACAUCACCUAUCAUCAGUGGAACUCCAGACCGGAGUUCAUCGUUUGCACACACACGGUGGUCAGCUAUGCAGAGGUGAGGGCAGAGCAGCGCAGGGAGCUGGGAAUUGAAGAGUCCAAUCCGGAGGCAGCUGUUGAUAAAAGUCAGGACUCUGGUUCGGAUUCACAACUAAACACGAACAGCUUGAAGGAAGCGCUGGAGCGGUUCGACCAUAGUCGGACGCCCUCAACGUCUUCGCGAAGCUCCCGGAAGUCCUCGUCACACGUCUCGGACAACACUUGCACUUCAACAGCUCCCAAGCUACACAUGGACAUGGCCUCGCCUCCUCGGCAGUCCCUGGCCUCUAACAUGGAGAUGACGCCUCAGCGACGCUCCUCCAUCAGCAGCCAGUCUAUGAGUUCUCAGACCACAGGACAGAUCACUCAGCAGCAGCAGCAGCAGCAGCAGCAGCCGCUUCAGACCAGCGUGCAGCCGGUGCUGGAGUUCUCAGCACAGGUGAACGCCAUGCAGCACCUGAAGGACCAGCUGGAGCAGAGAACCCGAAUGAUCCAGGCAAACAUCCAGCGGCAGCAGGAGGAGCUGAGGCACAUCCAGGAUCAGCUGCAGAGAGUCCAGGGCCAGGGCAUACAGAUGCUGCUGCAACAACAACAGCAGCAGCAGCAGCAGCAGAGUGGAACGAUGAACGUACAGCUACCACAGGUGGGGUCGGUCCAACAAGCCGCGACGCUGGCUGGUCAGGUCCAGCAACCUUCAGUCAACCUUGUUCAUUCGGGAUCUCAGCAGCUCACCGUUCAGCAGCAAGCUCCUCCUGCUCCUCCUCCUCCUCAACAACAACAACAACAACAACAACAACAACAACAACAACAGAGCUUACAGCAGCAGACCAACGCACUCACACAGUGUCAGCCCCAGCAAGCAGGCCAGGCUCAGGGCCAGGCCCAGGGAUCCGUGUCGGCCCCGCUGUACAACACCAUGAUGAUUUCCCAGCCGGGACAGCCAAACGUGCUGCAGAUCAGCACCAGCCUCCCGCAGAACAACGCGCAGCAGGGCACCGCCGUGGCCACCUUCACGCAGGACCGACAGAUCCGAUUCCCAGCGGGGCAGCAGCUCGUUACCAAGCUGGUGACGACUCCGAUGCAUGCAUGUGGUGCCGUCAUGGUGCCCACCUCUAUGUUUAUGGGCCAGGUUGUUACAGCAUACAACCCUUUUGGUGGCCAGCAGCAGGGAGGACAGACCCAGACCCUGACGCUACAACCGGCCCAGUCAUCACAAUGUCAGCCUGAUGGCCAAAACCAAACAGCUGUAGUGGCACAAAACAGCCAGCAGGGGCAGCAGCAGCAGCAGUUCCUGCAGGGGACUCGGCUCCUUCACAGUAACCAGCUGAUUCUCCAAGCAGCGUUUCCUAUCCAACAGCAGGGAGGUUUCACCCAGGCAACCCUUCCACAGCAGCAACAUCAACAGCAACAACAACAGCAGCAACAACAUCAACAACAGCAACAACAACAACAACAGCAACAACAUCAACAGCAACAACAGCAGCAAAGGCAACAAAAACAGCAACAGUCUCACCAUCAGCGGCACCAGCAGCAGCUGAAACCGCAGCCGCAGAAACAGCAGAAAGCCUCGUCAUCACACAGGACUGACGCUGUCAACAAUCAGCAGCAAUGACUCGCGGAGGAAAGCUGUGGAAACGGCUGCGUACGUCUGUGUAGGUCUUCUGGAUGUUUCUGACCUCAUCUACCCUCCGAAAAAAAACUGAUUGCCUUCCCUUCCGUCUUUUAAAAGAAAUCACUUGUAGGAACGAGGAAAAGCUCUGAGUUCAUGAGGAACUCUGCGACAGCCGUCACUGAGGCUGAAGGAAGGAGAAAACACCCGUUUUUCUCCUAAGAGGUCAAAUCCUGACGGAGCUUCAGUCUCUGGGGAGACUUUGGAAGAUAAAGAGAAAAUACACCUUACGCCGAUGAUAAUGGACUCUUUUUUUUUAAAAGAGUCUCAAAGCGGACUGACUGUGUACAGAUUUACUGUAUGAUAAAAAGAAAACCUGUAAAUAUGCAAGUAUAGCCUAACAGAAAACAGAACCUUAGUAUUUUAUAUGACUGCAUGGAAAUAAUAACUAUGUAAGCUUUUCUUAGUUGCUUUUGGAAACAGAAUUUUUACUUUUUCGUGGUUUCUGGUCAAACACAGAGCAACGAUGUGCUCUCUAAGACCCCCUCCCCAUUCUCUUGAAAAGAAGAAAAACAAGUCCAGAACAAGGCUUUAAAGUCUUUGGGUGUGUUAAAAAAAAAUGAAAAGGAAAAAUAGGAAGGAUUGGGCUCGGGUGUUUUUUUUAAUUUUUUUUUUGUAGAAGCUGCUUUUUAACACUGUGUCUCCAGGACAAAAAUGGAUCCUUUUACCUUUGUAAUUAAAAGUUAUGUUUGACAAGAAGCUGGAAGAAACUAGAUUACAGUUUAACUGAAUUAUUUGCAGGAUGAUUACUGUACGUAUAACGGGUUUAGUGAUUCCAAGUGCCAAUAACAUAGUGAAUUAUGUUUUUUUUAUUUCAAAUUACAAUAUUCAAAGUCAUAUAUAUAUAUAUAUAUAUAUAUAAAUAUAUAUUUUCCAAAAAGAUAUUACCCCUAAUAACAAGUCAUGCAUAUGUAUAUAGUAGGGAUUAUUUUUUACCAGUCAGAGAGCCCUAUACGUGAGCGACGGUAUAUCCUCAACCUCCUGGCAACUUCAGCACUUAAUGUGGUUGUGUAAAGAAACAUCACUGUUAAACCCCACCCCCAUUUUUUUAAAAUUUGUAACCUGUGGUGUGAUUCCGUAAGCUAAUGUGCGUUUUUGAUAAAAACGGUCGUGGUGCAUGGCGCAGCGUGAGCGUGUGUGUUGUAGUGGGCGUGUGUGUUGGGCCCUGGUGUCUUACCACGUUGACUUUAGUAAGGGUUUGAAGUUGCUGGAUGGUACUUUGCCUCUCAGGAAUGUGGAAAGUUGUCCUGUUAUUGUUUCUGCUUCUGCCUCAGUCUGGAACCAGACCAGGAAGGAUUAGACAGUGAUGCUUCACACACCAGAGGAGCUCGCGUUAUAAAGGAUGCGGCGACUGAGUGGAAAAUGUGAUCUCGAUUUCAAAAGUCUCUCCUUUUUUUUCCUUCAAAGGCGUGGACUUCAGGGGCGUAAACAGAGUUUAGGCAUGGGCCGGUAUGAGAUUCUCACUGUGAUAACUAAGUAAAAAUACCAAAACCUAUAACAAAAAUGUUUGACAUGGAUAUUUAAAAAAAACUAUUAUGCUGAUACUUGCAGUUCUCUCCCAGCGGAUUGGCCAAGUUGCGGUGGGAGCCAACAGGAUCAAUACGUACGCCGUUUAUCCUGUUGGCGCUGUAAUCGUACUCCAGUUUAAUUGACUUGGUGGAAAUACUUUUUCUUCCUCAACCACUGUUACCACGUGGUUAGCUGGAAGCUAACCCAGUCAUCUGCACCAUAUAUUUAUUCUAUAUAGACUUAAGCAAACAACUAAACUGUCUCUAUGCAGUAUUAUAGUGUUUUCCCUUUCUGUCCUUUAUAGAUAAACGCUGGGAGUACGACGCGCUGAUACGAUCCAGUUAGUCAGGCUGUCUGCUCCAGUAGCUAGCCCGCAAUCCGCUGCUUUUACAAACAGGCGUUACCUUUGUAAAAAGUGAGAGGUGCAACUCCUGUAGUCUCUAGAUCACAGAUGUUGUUUUUUUUUGUUCCCCCGACCAGAAAUGCUGCUGAAUCAGUGAUUUUUGGAUGUGAUAGAGUGUUGUGCCCUUAUUUCAGCCAGCUGACGGGCACUGCACAGCAAUGUGUGGGGGAGGGGUCAUGGCUUUGCACGUGGCCCCUCGUUAAGGAGUCUUUUAACCUUAGCAACUCGGUGAACAGAAAAUGUGAGAGGUUUGGACAUUUUUUGGCACACUUUGAAUGGCCCAUGCCUAACGUGACGAGGGGAAAGUACAGGUUGAGGAGUGACUUUUGGAAUUACGGUGAGAGGGGGGGAACAAAACCCCUAACUAUGACCCUGAUCUUACAUGUACCUACUUUAGCGCAGAAACAAACGUGGAUUUUCACCAGCUAAUAUCUCACGGUCCACUCUGUCAUCAGUGUUUCAUCCUUCCUUCUCCUCACAGGUCUCAGAAAACCCUCAUGCAGUCCGGUUCACUUUGUUUCUCGAAUGGCAGUCGAAACCAGGACUGGGCCCGGGUCCAUGCACAGAGACGGCAGUGGAUUUCUGGCCCAGGCGGCGUGUGCUACAGCGAUAAGCCAUAUCAAACGGAGAAAAAAAUAUAUAUAAAAAAAAAAAAAGGCCUCGGAGCGAAGGAGCGUGCAGUCGCUGGCAAAGGAGUGUGUUUUGCGUAGGAGAAGCUGGCGUGUGCUUGUGUGUGUUUGUGUGAAUGUAGCAUCUUCGUUCCUUGAUCCUACUUGUAUCAGUCUGGGGUGGUUGUGGGGGGGGGUGGGUCACCGUAUUUGCUCCCCUUCCCUCCCCCGGUGAUAGCCAAUCAGUUCUUGCGUUGCAGUAUAAAGAAGUGAUGUUUUUUGAGAGCCGUCUCCAGCGUGGGAGACGGCUCCAAGUCCGUAACGUGGGUCGUGUGAGCGAGACGUGGCAUGCGUGGUGACUUUCACUGUAACCCUGUAUAUUUUCAUAGAAGAGAUGUGUGACUGAAGAGGUUUUAGGGGAAAUAGGCAAUAGGAGAGCACUGGUUUAAACUGCAGAGUUACGAAGCAAAUGCUAAGAUCACAAAAAAAGCUCCCGUCGGAUGAUAGAUGGUAAAAGCCGAAGUAGCUCAUUGAAACAGCAAAGUUCCUGUCUGAGCCAGGUCUUCCCACCCACGACAACAAAGAGCCUCGAUAGACUACGGUGUGAAUGUGAGUAGAGCUGAAAAUGGAUCUAGUUUGUGACACUGAUACCCAGCCCAAAGAAUGUAAAGGUGUUUGUUUUUUUGUUUGUUUUUUUUAAAAAAAGAAAAGACUAAUGGAUUGUUGUAAAUUUUGAUUUUUCCAGAUUUUAUUUUUUUUUUUAUUAGAUUUUUUUUUUUUGGACUGGCUUUGUUAUGAAGGAAAAGGAGGGGAAUGAAAGAGAGCUCAUCAAUCACAAGUUUCCACAUAGAAAAACAAUACAAUCAUUACUGUGUUUUUAAAGUUGUUGUCGACUAGUUCUGAAUGUUUCAUCAUUACAAAUGUUUAGUUUUUUUUGUUUGUUUUUGUUUUUUUAGGAAUGAUGGGGAGGUUUUAGUAAAAAAAAAAAAAAAUAAGCUGUUGAAGUGUUGCAUAAUUGAUGGGCGACAGCAUUAAGACGGCCACGCCCCCUUCCUCACUGCCUUCCCACACAGAUGCAACAAUCACUUUUUUUUUUUUCUCCAAACCACCAUUUUUGUUAAGAGUGUAGUUCUAGUAUAAUACUGUACACAGACACAAAGCUAAAAACACCAGUAUUCAGUGUAAAAUGGUGCUAUGCUUCUACCUGUACUGUACGUAUGUAAAUCCCUUCUUCUGCUCUUGAGCUGUACUCCUUUUAUCUACCCCAAAGUCAAAUGUAAUACUAAUAAUCCAUAUUUUGAAGCAAAAUGUUUGCAAUUGCUAUAAUCCCCCCUGUCCCAUCAUUGGUCAACUUGAGAAUAAAACACGACACCUGAACUUGAA